AUGUGCCGCGACCAUUGCUGGGGUCUGAUCAAGGACGCGGCGCUCUGCACAGAGCAGGGCGGAAAGUGGGUGAACAUGAAUCAGAACUUCGACAACCUCUUGGUGGGCACGAUCUCGCUCUUUGAGAUCAGUACCACUGAAGGCUGGGUGGACGUGAUGUUGGCUGCAGUGGACAGCCGAGGGCCUUACCUGCAGCCAAGGCGAGAUGCCAAUGAGUUCAUAGGCUCCCUUCUGUUCGUGGCCUUCAUGCUGAUAGGCAGCUUCUUCGUGCUGAACCUCUGUGUGGGCGUGAUCAUCGACAACUACAACAAGCAGAAGAGCGCCAGCGACGCCAGCUGCGUCCUGGUGACUGAGACGCAGGCUGCGUGGAUGACGCAGAUGAAGGCUCUCUACCUGCGACGUAGCUUCUUCACACAGGUCAAUGUGGAUCAGCUGGGCCCCUCGCGGCAGCACCGCUUCAGGAUUAUCACUUCAAGUGCCUUUGAGAAUUUCAUCAUGGCCUGCAUCGUGAUGCAGCUCUGCGUGCUGAUGAUGGUCUGGCAGCCGAGGGAUGAGAGCUUGGAGGUCUUUCUGAACACCUGUGGCUUCGUGUUCACAGUGAUCUUCCAUGUGGAGUUCUUUCUGAAGCUGAGUGCUCUGCACUGCAACUACUUCCGCGAGUACUGGAACAUCUUCGACUUCUUUUGCGUGGUGACGAGCGACGUGGUUGCGAUUCUUGAGGCGUCCAUCACGGUGAAUGGUACGGUGAACCUCAGUGCGCUGGUCAGCGCCUUGCGCAUCUUCCGGGUUGCCCGGCUCUUUCGCUUGGUGCGGUUCCUGAAAGGCCUCAACAAGCUUUUGCUGGCCUUCGCGCUGUCCGUGCCAAAGCUGCUUAAUGUGGGCCUAGUGAUGGUCUUGCUGCUCUACCUCUACGCGGUCCUUGGGGUGAGCCUCUUUGCCAAGGUGGCCUAUACAGGUGCAGGUAUCUAUGGCCCUCAGACCAACUUCCGCAGCUUCUUCCAGGCAGUCUCGCUGCUGAUCCGCUCGAUGACGGGCGAAGGCUUCAAUGAGAUCAUGCACGACCUCACCAAGUCACAGUGGUACUAUGAGAGCAUCCUGGAGAAAAAGUGUAGCGAACUGGACCUGGAGAGCCGCAACUUUGCAGAACUGGACCUGAACGGGGACGGCUUGGUGGAUGACCCCACGGAGUGCGGCACGGCCUUCGCUUACAUCUACUUCAUCUCGUACACCAUCUUCGUGAGCUUCGUGAUCCUGAACCUUUUCAUUGCUGUCAUAUUUGAAGGCUUCGAAGAGAGCCGUGGCAGUGAGCUGAAGGAGGUCAUCACCAAGUGCCUGGAGAAUUGGGAGAGCUACGACCCCUUCAACACCAUGCUGGUGCCGCUGCCCAAAGCACUGGACUUCAUUGAUGAAACAGUUGAAGAGCUUAUGAGCGCACACCAGCCACAGAAAGGCCAGUGCAUUCCCGAGUCACGGUGGGACUCCAGGAGCACAAUCGACAUGAACGCGUCAGAGGCGAUGUGGUCGAUGUACAACUUGCAGUAUGUUCGGACGCUGGGGCUGCACGUCCGGGCAGAUGGCCGUGUGCGACUGGUGCAGGCGGUCCGCGCCGUGCUGCGGCGGCUGCUGGUGGCCGGCGGGCCUUACAGUACUUUUCUACCACUCCAGGAGCGCAGGCAGCGCGUCAGGGAGCUGGAGGUCCUGGAAGCCAUGGCCGGUGGGGAGACGGAGCCGGAUGUUGCCGAGCUGGCGGCCCUGGAGGCCCGGCAGAACAAGCACAUCCAGGAGGCGCUGGGAGACAGCACGUUCUUGGCUCGCACAUCCCAGGUCCUCCACCCUCAGGUGGGGUCUGGACAUGGCCAGUCUGGCCGGAAGGAGGACGGCGAGUUCUCCAUGCUGGAAAAGGUGGCAGCCGCCAAGAUCCAGCGCCGGAGCAAGGAGUCCUUCCAGCGGCGCCGGGCGCGGGCCCGGUCAGACCGCGACUCACGGGCCUUCGGCCACGGGCCGAUCACCCGGGCAGCGGGUUGA